AUGUUGUUCCCCUCAACGCCCUGGGCGGCGCUCCUGCUGGCCAGCGUCUUUUCUUCCGCCGUGAAGGCGGACGACUGCUCAGUCGACCCGUUAGUAUUACCCAUAAAAAACGUUACCUUUCCGAAUGGCAUCGGUGCCAACCGCGGCGUCAAGCUCACGCUUGGUGGCCAGGUUCAAGGCAUGCGCAUGUCUACUAUUCUUAACAAUACGCGAGUGAGGAAUGUUCUGGAUUGCCCGAACGAGGACACCUUGGCGUUCGUCGGCUGCCAAGGCGCAUCUGGCAGUGUCUAUGAUACAUCAAAAGACACCUUCACUCAAGUUUACAACAUCAAGGACUGGAAUGUCUCAGUAGUUGAUGCGCAACCUGCUGAUGGCGUCACAACCGUCCUUCAUGGAUACGACACCGCCAACUUCACGGAUGGCCCGGCAGUGGUCUACGGCUACCCUUUCGAAAUCUGGGCGGACUAUGAUUCCAUGAACAAGAGUGCUCUGGCGCUUGGCCCCGAAUCUUCCACGAUUGACCUGCUCGUCGACCACAAGAUCGCACCGACGUCGGCUUGGAGCUUGGAUUACGGCUCAACCUCCGAGCUCUACCCCCGUGAUGGCCAGCUUGUUUUCGGCGGUGUCAACGAAGCGCGCUUCAACGAGACGAAGAAGACCGAGUUCAACAUGUGGGGAGCGGGCGCGUCUGUGCCGUGUCCUCUGCAAGUUCUCAUUUCCGACAUUAUUCUGACGAACGAAGACGGCGACCACUCGCUCUUCAGCGACAUCGGCACACGAGUUUCCGCCUGUAUCGACACGGUUCAAAACGACUUCACUUUCACUCCGAACAUGUUCUCCCGAUUCCAAAAUUUCACCAACCACACCACAACAUUCAACGGUACCACAUACGGCCAGUCGACGUAUCCAUCCAGUCUCGAGCCGAUGAUCGGAACCCUUACGAUUAAACUUACGAAUGGCUACACCACUGUUAUUCCUCACUACGAGCUGGUUUCCCACGAGCGUGGAACCGACUCUCGCGGCAGAUACGCCGUUACGAACAACACCCAUAUCCAGGCCACCGUUGGUUCCGGCUUGAGCGAUUUAGGCAACAAUGUCCCUAUCCUUGGUGGUGUUUUUCUCUCACAAAACUAUCUGCAUGUUGACUAUGCCGCGGGCAAGUUCUGGCUGAGCCCCCAAGUCGCGAAUGGCACAUUGGCAGACAACAUCACAUCAACUUGCAACGGCACCAGUAGCGGUACCAGCGGAGGAACUGCGAUGGGUGUCAAAGUCGGUGUACCAAUAGCCAUUGGCGCUGCCUUGAUCUUCUUUGUUGCGCUCUGGUUCUGGCUGAAGAAUCGCAAGCGGAACCCAAAUGCAGCCGGGGUUGCUGGAACGAGGGCCAUCCCUCGAUCAGAAAAGCGGGACGCCCCAGACUCCAAGUCAUCGACAACCAGGUUUGCUGGGUACCAAAACUACCACGCCGUAAAUCCAGAUAAUCACAUGGAGCUCGAGGGCGACAUGGGCGCAAGGCGAGCAGAGCUAGAAGAGCCCGCGCCUGCAUAUUCAAGAGCGUCGGAAUGGCCCCGCAUGAACUCGAUACAAGGAGAGAAUAUGACAUAUUACUCCCAAUCACCAGAGGAAGGCGAAAGUUACGAGUUGGCCGAUACUUCGCCAAUGCCACCACAGCCGCCGGUAUUGGCAAAUCGGCCGCCCGCGAGGAGGCAAGACACUGCGGUGUCUGCCAUCAGCGACCGUGACAAUUUUACACAGAGUCCGACUGCAUUACGAAAGCAGAUAUCUAAUAUCGACGACAUGGUGUCGCCAACUAGCACACGGGCAAACAGCACGAGACGUCCUUUUUAG